UUCAGAAAGACUUAACUCAUGACAAGACUUCUCGAACGGAAAGAUGAGCUACAUGAAGAUUAUCGUUCUUUAUGUAUUUGUUUAUCUAUCAGUGUGUCUAGCUCUUCCGCUGAGCUCCGCCACCGAACCAGUUAGUGAACAGGACUGGAACCAAUGUCGGAAAUACCUGAAGACAUUUUACAACAUGACAGAGGCCGCUUUGAGAAAAAGCAACGACGGAUUAACGAGAAAGAUCGAAGAAAUGCAAGAAUUCUUUGGUCUGCAGGUAACUGGCACCCUGGACCGGGAGACGCUGGCAGAGAUGAAGAAGCCCCGUUGUGGAGUGCCUGAUGUCCAGCCCUACAGUCUCUUCCCAGGAACACCCCGGUGGCCCAGGAACACCAUCACCUACAGGAUUGAAAAGUACACGUCGAAACUGAGCAAGCGAGAGGUGGAUGCUGUGAUCCCCCUGGCUUUACAAGUUUGGAGCGAUGUCACUCCCCUGACCUUUGUCAGACUCUAUUCCGGAGAAGCUGAUAUCAGGAUUUCGUUCGCAAGUCGCAGUCAUGGGGACUUUAGCGACUUCGAUGGAGAGGGCGGUGUUUUAGCGCACGCUUUUGCUCCUGGAGCAGAUCUCGGCGGCGAUGCUCACUUUGAUGAAGAUGAAAGGUGGACGUUGUCAAGAUCUGGAAUCAACUUGUUUUUUGUUGCGGCCCAUGAAUUUGGCCAUUCUCUCGGACUGGGACACUCAAAGCAGAGAUCCGCUUUGAUGUUUCCCACCUACGACCCCAAUUCCUAUCAAAACAUCAACAGUUUUCGUCUCUCGAAGGACGACGUGAGAGGCAUCCAGGCUUUGUACGGAGCUCGUCAAGGUCCAAGACCAACACAACCACGGCCUAAACCACCUCAACCAACAAAAACUCCGGACAAGUGUGAUCCCCAAUUGUCAUUUGAUGCAGUUGCUCGUUUACGUGGAGAACUUUGGUUCUUUAAGAAUGGAAUUUUUUGGAGGAAACAUUAUCAACGUCAAGAUGUGACAGUAAUCCCAAUCAAAUAUAUUUUUCCAAAUAUUCGAUCAGUAGAUGCUGCUGUUGAAUUCAAGAACAGAGAUGCGGUGGCCAUUUUCAAAGGAUCAAAAUAUUGGCUAAUUCAAGGCUUCAGGAUUUUGAAAGGUUAUCCUAGGAGCAUCAGAUCCUUUCAAUUUCCAAGAUCUGUUACACACAUAGAUGCUGCCUUAUAUAUCAAGGAAACAAGAAAAGUCUUAUUCUUUGUUGGAAAUAAGUAUUGGAGUUAUAAUACAUGGAAAAAUCAAAUGGACAGAGACUACCCAAGAAGAAUAGUUGAUGACUUUCCAGGUAUUGGAAACAAAGUAGAAUCAGCAUUUCAAAGCAAAGGCUACUUCUACUUCUCUAAUGGAGCCAGACAGUAUGAAUAUGAUCACAGGAACAAACGCGUUGUUCGUGUUCUGAGGCCAAAUGAUUGGCUAAACUGCAAUUAGGGAAUAAUAAGUACUUUGUUUAAAUAGUUAUCUGAUGCAGUUUUCAUCAAAAUAUUAUACUAUUUCAAAACAGUGGCACUUCAUUUUAGAUUACAAUUUGAUUAUUUCAUUGUGGUAUGAAAAUGGCAUUCAUUUUUAAUAAUUGUUAAAAGUUACCAAACAAAUGCAUCACAUUUUAUACAAUUUACUUUAAACUAUGUUGAACAUUCUUUUCUGUGAAUCAUAAUAUACAUAAGUAUACAAUCAAGAUUUGACCCUUCUGAUCACGAUGGCAAUGGGAAUAGCAGUUCAGCAUGUGGGUGCCUGAGCCCAAAGCUCAUCUGCUCCUCCUGCUUUUACUUUUCUAUCAUUUUUUUUCUCUUUUAUUUUUAAAUUUUAAUCUUACUUACCUUCUGUGGAGAGCUCGACCAGCAUUUAGCUGUCCAGUGUGUUGGAGGCAAAGUUUGUUCCUAGUGGUGGAGGGAGUUGAGUUUGUGCUCCUGAAGGCAGCAGCAGCAGCGGAGGUAGAUGAGAUUGUGUUCCUGGCAGUGGUGGUGGAGGGGGGUGAGGUUGUGUUCCUGGCAGUGGUAGUGGA